AUGUGUGAUCAGACGUUUUUGGCCAUCACGUUUGGCCAGUGUGAUAACUGCAGUCAGAACAAACCUCUGAUGAACAUCUAUCUAAAGAAUGAGCCCAUCAACUACUGCUCGCUGUGUGUGGAGAUGAUGGCCUGUCGGGGACUGGCAAAGGGCGAAACCAUGAACACACUUAAAGUCGAGUCUGAGUCUCUCAAAGCCAAACUGGAGGAGGAGAGAGCAAAACUACACGAUGUGGAACUGAAUCAGGUGGCAGAGAAGAUAGAGACUCUAGGUCAGCUUGUCAUGAAGACGAGGAGAACUUUAAAGGGACACGGGAAUAAAGUGCUGUGUAUGGACUGGUGCCUGGACAAGAGAAGAAUGGUCAGCUCCUCUCAGGAUGGAAAAGUCAUUGUGUGGGAUGCAUACACAACAAAUAAGGAGCAUGUAGUUACUAUGCCUUGCACGUGGGUGAUGGCGUGUGCUUACUCCCCUUCUGGCUGUGCUGUGGCGUGUGGUGGUCUGGAUAAUAAAUGCUCAGUCUAUCCUCUCUCUUUGGAUAAAAACGAGAAUUUGGCUGCUAAGAGGAAAUCUGUGGCAAUGCACACCAACUAUGUGUCUUCCUGCAGCUUUACUAGGUCUGAUAUGCAGAUUCUGACAUCAAGCGGUGAUGGCUCAUGUGCAUUAUGGGAUGUAGAAAGUGCACAACUACUGCAGAGUUUCAACGGUCACACAGCAGAUGUUCUCUCACUGAACCUCGCACCUUCUGAGACUGGAAACACCUUUGUGUCAGGGGGCUGUGACAGAAAGGCUAAUGUGUGGGACAUGCGGUCAGGGCAGAACGUUCAGUCCUUUGAGACCCAUGAGUCUGACAUCAACUGUGUGAAGUAUUAUCCUAGUGGUGAUGCUUUUGCAUCUGGAUCUGAUGAUGCUACAUGUCGCCUGUAUGACUUGAGAGCUGAUCGUGAGGUGGCCGUCUUCUCUAAAGAGAGUGUCAUAUUUGGAGCCUCCACUGUGGACUUUUCCCUCAGUGGUCGGUUGCUGUUUGCUGGAUAUAAUGACUACACCAUUAACGUUUGGGAUGUGCUGAAAGGUACCAGGGUGGGGGUUCUCUUUGGCCAUGAAAACCGGAUUAGCACUGUCCGAGUUUCUCCUGAUGGUACGGCAUUCUGCUCGGGAUCAUGGGAUAACACCUUGCGGAUUUGGGCUUGAUGUGUUGGUCUGUACCCGUGUGACAAGAGAUGUUUUUCAUGGACUUCUUUGUAUCGCUGUAGGGAGUCUUAUCUGUCAGGCUAUUAUUUAACACAAAUUCAUAAAUGUCAUAUGUCAUUUAUCUUAUCUCUAAAGUUAUAAACGAAAUGAACUCAUUCAUUCAAGUAGUUAUUAAGAAUAGCAUAUUAUAUUUGAAUUAUAUUUUUGUUGCUAUAGUGUUAUGUUAGUGAUUUACAAAGAGAGACCUUGUGGAACAGGUCUAGUUUAAAUGACUAUGAGGUGGUUUCCCAUACAGGGUUUAAGACUAGCUCUAGAACAAAAAUACAGUUUGAGUCGUCUAAACUGAAAACAGCUUGCACUGACAUAUCUUAAGAUACAUCAGUGCCAAUUCUUUCAUCUCAAAACCCACACAAGUAAUGUUUUUUGAAAGGCAUGCUUGUAAAAACAAAUAAAUGUCCAGAUUUAACUAUUGUCUAGUCCUGGCUUUAUCUAAACCCUGUCCAGGAAACCAGCCCUACAAAUAAUGAAAACAGUAUUUAAAAUUGACUUUACUGCCAUUAUUUCAUAUAUACUGUAAUAAUAGUGUGUGUAGUUUACAUGAUGCUAUUAUUAUAACUAUAUGAGUUUUGGUUGCGCUUGAAUGUAAAUAAAACUCUUUUCAGUUUUUCAGUUGUCCUGUUUAGAUCAAAUGUGUUCUAGUGUUGAUCUGAAUCAAAUGGUUAAUUGCUGCAUCAAUCCACAAACAGUAUGCUUUAUUCAAGUUGAUAUACCCUCUGUAUUAAUUAUUGUUUGAUGUCUCCAGUUGUUUAAUAUAGCCACUGUAUUCAGAAGAAUUAAAUGGACUG